AGGAGGAGCCUAGGGGGCUGCUACCAGAGCAGGUACACCCAGUGAGGGGAGGGAGAGACCAUGGACCUGAGUGAGAGGAGGCCCAACAAGUGGUGGACAGAGUCGGACACCUUCGCCAUGCUGGCCCUCAUCGAGCAGCUGGACCUGGUGCAUGAGCUGGAUAAGAAGCGCCAGCGCAAUGACUCACACUUCCGCCGCCUGCGCUACAGCCUGGCCAAGCAGGACAUCCACUUCACCGUCAACCAAAUACGCAACCGCUGGAAGAGCCUGAAGCACAAGUACCGCAAGAUCAAGAUGGCAGGAUAUCGUAGCCCCGCUGCACGCCUGUCUACCAUCGAGGCGUUCCGUUACUUCCGUAUGCUGGACCGCAUGCUGGCCAGGAGGGCCCGGGUGGGGGCCCCAGAUCAAGGCAUUGCAGAUGGACACAAUAUGGUGGUGUUGACCCCUUUGGACAUGGAGGAUCAUACUGAUGGUACUACUUUAUGGCUUUAGGAUUAUUAUACAUUUAUUAUGUGACAUUAAAUAGUUGUAAAGAAGUGUAUGCUUUGUGUUGGCCUGCUCUGCUCACUCUUCUUCUCUCUCUUCCCAGGUGAUGUUGCUCAGCCCGACUCUGUGGCCCCUUGGCAGGACAGCCUGGCUCCAGCUCUAGAUGGAGAAGGAGACGAGACUAACGCCAUCCCAGAAGAGGCCAACGUCAGCACUCCGGGCUGGGCCCUGAAGUCAGAAGAGAUUAUGACUUUGGGUCUGUCUGGAGAGUAUCUUUACCCAGUGAAGAGUGAGCCACAUUCAGUACCCUCUUUACAUGAUGGUGAGGGAUCUAGUGACCCCACUAGCUGCAGUCCAGAAGAUGAAAUUGGUGAGUGCUUUUAUAACUGAUGAGUUUAGAGUGGCUACAUGACCACCUAUAUUCUAUGUAAUUAAUGUGUUAUUUUGAACUAAUAUCGUGUAAUUAAUCUGUUGGAAUUACUUUGUAUUUAUCAAUUGUUUAAAGCUUUGGAUAAUAGAUAUUACAGCGAUAACCUAAAACAAAUACAAGUUGUCCUGCUGUUCAUUUCUCUACAGGCACUUGUGAGGACACCAGCACCCUGAUCCUCCAGCAGCUCACCAUCCUGAACCAUCAGCUAGGGGAACAGCUCGCUGAGCAAAGGGCCUUCCACUGCAGCAUGCUGGGUAUGAUGGACCGACAGAUAGAGGUCCUGGAGCAGCUCUCCAACUUCUCCACAGGCCGCCAUGUCAAGACCGAACCCGAAGACAGUGACACUCCUAUCAGCCAGCAGGUCCACAACUCCCUGGUGCGCAUCCUGAGAGGAGUGGAACAGGUCCAAACCCAGGGACACCAACCGUGCUCAUGCAAGGCCUCCCCAUCACAGCCUACAUCUCCCUCCUGGACGGUCUCUCUGUUGGAGGUCCACAAAGGAUCACCCUCCAGGGAUGAGAACUCAACUAGUGACACACCCAACCCUCAGCCCUCAGACAAUGGGCGGCCUGAACCUCAAAUACCAUACCCCUCAGAGCAGCUUCCCCCUUCCCCACAGAAGGGUGUUCUGUUUAACGGACUCUCAAACAAGUGCCAGCACAAGUGAGUGCUCUUGAAGCUUCAUCCAGUAGUGGAACAUACAGUGCUCUGACAGAGGAAAGCAUACACUCUUAGAAAAAAGGGUU